AUGGUUAAAUCUCUUUGUAAAGCGUGUCAUCUUUAUGCAAGGACAAUGCUAAUCUUCUCUGUAUUGUUAAAAUUGACAAAUGUACUAUCCAGAAGGAUAGUACGAACAAAAGAGAUUUUUCGCGCUAUAUAUACUGUAGAUCUUUGUGCACUACUAAGGUAUUUCUUCUGUUUCUAUGCUUAA